AUGGCAACCAACUGUAAGUCAAAGAGUCAUGGCACAAGGAGGGCCAAGACCCGAUCUCCUCACAAAGGUGUCAAGAGAAGCAACAACAAAAAAAAGUGCCGGAAGGUCAGCCUAAAGUGUAGGAAACAUGGCGAUGAUGACAGUGGUGUUGCCGCCCGGAAACUCUUUGUAGGGAGCAACGUGUUCCUGGCCCAUGCUGGACUUGUUCCAGCCCCAGUGUUGACUUAG